CGCGUGGGCCCAGCCCAGGAUCCCGGCGCAAGGCAGGGAUUCUGCCGCUCGCCAGAGACUCGCAAGCUGUGCCAACCUUGGCUGAGCCGACCCGGUGAUGUGGACCCUGCUCCUCCGCGUGGGGACUGGAGUUUGGAAAUAAAAUGGAUGAUUUGACCUUGCUUGAUCUUCUGGAGUGCCCUGUGUGCUUUGAGAAGCUCGAUGUCACGGCCAAGGUUCUUCCUUGCCAGCACACCUUCUGCAAACCAUGUCUGCAGAGGAUUUUCAAGGCGCACAAGGAACUGCGGUGCCCCGAAUGCAGGACCCUGGUGCUGUGCAGCAUCGAGGCGCUGCCGGCCAACCUGCUGCUCGUGCGUCUUCUGGAUAGCGUGCGCUUGGGGCAGAGCUCCGGGAGAAGGGGCUCCAUCCGCAGGCCCGGUACACUGACCCUACAGGACGGCAGGAAAGGCAGGACCAACGCCAGAAGUCUGCAGGCUAGCCCUUUCCACCUGGUGCCCAGUGUCAGAAUCCACAUGGACGGGGUGCCUCGAGCCAAGGCCUUAUGCAGCUACAGAGGCCAGAGUGCUGGUGACCUGAGCUUUAACAAGGGAGACGUCAUCCUCCUCCGGAGACAGCUGGAUGAGAAUUGGUUCCAGGGGGAGAUCAAUGGAGUCAGUGGGAUCUUCCCAGCCAGCGCUGUGGAAGUCAUCAAGCACCUGCCCCAGCCACCCCCGCUCUGCAGGGCCCUCUACAACUUUGAUCUACGAAACAAGGACAAGGGUGAGAACCAGGAUUGCUUGACCUUCCUCAAGGAUGACAUCAUCACUGUGAUCAGCCGAGUGGAUGAGAACUGGGCAGAAGGCAAGUUGGGAGAUAAAGUAGGCAUCUUCCCUAUCUUGUUUGUGGAGCCAAACCUCACGGCAAGGCACCUCCUAGAGAAGAACAAAGGCCGCCAGUCAUCACACAACAAAAGCCUAUCCCUGAUGUCCUCACCCUCCAGAGGCAAAGCCACCAGCACGCCCACCCUCCGUAGGGGCCCAGGGUCCAGGAGGAAGGGGCCUGGGCAGUUCUCCAUCACAACAGCCCUGAACACCCUCAACCAGAUGGUGCAUUCUCCUCCCGGGCGCCACAGGGUGGAGAUCAGCACCCCAGUGCUCAUCAGCUCCAGCAACCCCUCUGUGAUCACCCAGCACAUGGAGAAGGUGGACUUCACCCCCAGCUCUCCGGGACAGGUCAGCACUUACCACUCGGCACCUGCCUCCCCGGGGCACCCCACAGCCAUGGUCAGUCUGCCCGGCUCCCAGCAACACCUCUCAGCCAACAUGUUUGUAGCCAUGCACUCCUACUCAGCCCACGGACCCGAUGAGCUGGACCUGCAGAAGGGAGAAGGUGUCAGGGUCAUGGGGAAGCCCCAGGACGGCUGGCUCAGGGGCAUCUCCUUGGUCACUGGCCGAGUGGGCAUCUUCCCCCAUCAUUAUGUCAUCCCUAUCUUCAGCAAGAAUUCUAGUUUCCCCGAUUCCCGAAAUCCUGGUCUCUACACCACAUGGACGUUAUCCACCUCCUCUGUGCCCUCACAAGGCAGCCUAUCAGAAGGUGACCCCCGGCAAAGCCGUCCCUUCAAAUCUGUCUUUGUGCCCACUGCCGUAGUCAACCCUGUGAGGAGCACAGCCGGCCCCGGGACUUCAGGACAAGGGUCUCUUCGGAAAGGGCGGAGCAGCAUGAGAAAGAAUGGAUCCCUGCAGAGACCCGUUCCAUCUGGGAUCCCCACCCUUGUGGUGGGCUCCCUCAGGCGUAGCCCCACCGUGGUGCUACAACCUCAGCAGUUCCAGUUCUACCAGCCACAGGGGGCCCCCUCGUCCCCCUCAGCGGUGCUCGAGGUGGGUCCCAAACCUGCUCCUAUGGGAGAGCCAGCCCUCACAUGUAUGAGCAAGGGCAGCGACUCCAGGGUGCACUCGGCCGCCAGCUCUCUCAUCAUGGAAGGCAAGGAAAUCCCCAUCAAGAGUGAGCCUCUGCCAAAACCGCCUGCCUCUGCUCCACCAUCCAUCCUGGUGAAACCCGAAAACUCAAGAAAUGGCAUUGAAAAGCAAGUCAAAACCGUCAGAUUUCAGAAUUACAGCCCUCCUCCUACAAAACAUUACACCUCCCAACCCACCUCCGGCAAGCCUGAACAGCCAGCCACCGUCAAGGGGCCCCAACUGGAAGCAGCCUCCGCAGGCCCGGAAAUGACCGUCCUAUUCGCCCACCGAAGCGGCUGCCACUCAGGACAACAAACAGACCUCCGGAGAAAGUCACCGUUUGGCAAGGCCACACCCCCGGUGUCCACUUCCUCAGCCACGCAGACCACAUUUCCCAGCAAAUGAAUCUACACGUGGCUUUUGCUAGACCCCAAAGAGAGCCUGCCUUGGUAAUCUUCUCAGGAGCAAGCUCCAGCUGGGAUGUGAAGAGAACAGUCUGCCUGGAUGGAAAUUGUGCAAUGGAGAGUUUGGGGACCACGCAGUAUUCCUUGACCAUCAGGAGCGAGAAAGGAAUACCUAUAGUCUGGCCUCCAAGACAAGAGGAAAAUAGAAGAAGGAGAAGCACCCAUCUUCACCUGCAGUAUUAAUGGCUAAUGGGCCAGGAUGAAGAAGUGAGUCGUGCGCUAUUGCAGGUUACACCAAACUCCCACCCCAAAGCCAACGUGAUUUUGCCAGCUUCUCAUAGCUUGGAGGCUAACUAACAAAUGAAAAGACCACACAUCAAAUGCUCUCCAGCUCUGGGUCUGGCCUGCCUCUCCAGCUCAGAUUUAGAAUAAUGCAUGAGAU